AUGACCAAGAUUGGUACUCAUCUGUACAUAUCCAUUAUAUAUAAUCCAAAAAUAACGAAAUUUUUUCUUCUCUAUAAAAACGAGAUUAACCCCUAAGAUGAAUAUAAUGAUAAAUUUGUGUAACUACCUAAUUAAAUAUAUAAAAAGGAAGAAAUAAAUGGUAUUAAUCAUUGGCAACACACUAUAAAGUAUGUGAUUAUUUUUUAAUAUUACAAAAAUAAUUAUUCACAAAUAUACCAAAUAUAAACUUUGUUCAUUAUAAAUUUAAGAAUUAAAGUAUAUUUUAACAUCUCACGACUUUACAUAAAUUACAUUUAUUUAUGUACUUUAUAACAGGAACAAAAAGAUUAUAAUUUAAAAAGUCUCUCUAAACCUUANUCAGUCUGUUUCUCUCCUGAUGGAAAUACAUUAGCUUCUGGUAGUGAUGAUUAGUCUAUCCGUCUAUGGGAUGUCAAAACAGGAUAAGAAAAAGCCUAAUUUGAAGGUCAUGAUGACUCUGUUAUAUCAGUCUGUUUCUCUCCUGAUGGAAAUACAUUAGCUUCUGGUAGUGAUGAUUAUUCUAUCCGUUUAUGGGAUGUCAAAAUAGGAUAAUAAAAAGCCAAAUUAGAUGGUCAUAGUGAUUAUGUUAGAUCAGUCUGUUUCUCUCCUGAUGGAAAUACAUUAGCUUCUAGUAGUGCUGAUAAGUCUAUCCAUCUAUGGGAUAUCAAAAACAAGUAUUUUUCAGAUUAUAUAUUUAAAGAAAUUUAGAUUAAAAAUGCAAGAUAUCCUUUUUUUAACACACUUUUGCAGAAAAAUAAUAUAUAUAUAAUUUAGAUACAUCUAAUAAUAUGGUUUACCCAGACUUCAAUUUUGUAUAGAUUUGA